AUGGACGAAGAUCAAUUGCUGGACUAUGAGGAAGAGCAAGAAGAAGCAACUGAUGGUAACAAAGCGGAAAAUGGAUCAGCAACGGAUAAAAAAAUCAAGGGUACUUACGCUUCUAUUCACAGCAGUGGUUUCCGGGAUUUUCUUUUGAAACCAGAACUGCUGCGGGCAAUUGUGGAUUGUGGUUUCGAACAUCCUUCGGAAGUACAACAUGAAUGCAUUCCGCAGGCUAUUUUGGGCAUGGAUAUUGUUUGUCAAGCAAAGUCAGGAAUGGGCAAAACAGCUGUAUUUGUUUUGGCAACUUUACAACAACUUGAAUCUGUCGAUGGUGAGGUGUCUGUUCUGGUAAUGUGUCAUACGCGUGAGCUGGCGUUCCAGAUUUCGAAGGAAUACGAGCGAUUCAGCAAAUACAUUCCUGGUGUUCGAAUUGCUGUAUUCUUUGGUGGCAUACCAAUCAAAAAGGAUGAAGAGACACUUAAAAACAAUACACCGCAUAUCGUUGUUGGAACUCCCGGACGUACCCUGCAACUGGCACGUCAAGGAAGCUUGAAAUUGAAAAAUAUCAAAUAUUUUGUUUUGGAUGAAUGCGACAAAAUGAUUGGUGAUAAUGAUAUGCGACGAGACGUUCAAGAAAUUGUGAAAAUGACGCCACAAGAGAAACAAGUGAUGAUGUUCAGCGCUACGUUACCAAGGGAUUUGCGAGUGGUCUGCAAAAAAUUCAUGCAAGAUCCGAUGGAGGUAUAUGUCGAUGAUGAAGCAAAAUUAACAUUACACGGAUUACAGCAGCAUUACGUGAAACUGAAGGAAACUGAGAAAAACAAAAAAUUGCUUGAAUUACUUGAUCAGUUGGAAUUCAAUCAAGUUGUAAUUUUUGUGCGAUCUGUGCAGCGCUGUGGUGCUCUGCAUACUUUGCUAUCCGAACAAAAUUUUCCAAGCAUUGCAAUUCAUCGUGGUAUGCCGCAAGAGGAACGUCUGUCACGAUAUCAGCAGUUCAAAGAUUUCCAGAAGCGUAUUCUUGUUGCAACGAAUCUUUUUGGUCGUGGUAUGGAUAUUGAACGCGUGAAUAUUGUGUUCAAUUAUGAUAUGCCAGAAGAUUCAGACACAUAUUUGCAUAGAGUGGCACGUGCUGGACGUUUCGGUACCAAAGGAUUGGCGAUAACGUUUGUCUCAGAUGAAAAUGAUGCAAAAAUUCUAAAUGAUGUACAGGACAGGUUUGAUGUGAAUGUUACUGAAUUGCCAGCUGAAAUCGAAGUCGCAACAUACAUACUGCUAAUGGGUAUACCUGGUUCCGGCAAGACAUAUUUGUGCGGAGAAUUGAAAGCGAAGCUUGGCGAUGAAAUUUGCUCCACUUUUUCAUACGAUGAUAUCUUCAACGAUGAUGGUUUCAUGGAAUACAUGUGGGGUGAACAAUGUGCCAAUGGAAGUAUACUGAAAAUGUAUGGUUUGAAUGAAUGUACAAAUGUUCAUAAUGAACGAAAAAGAUGUGAAAAUCGGAUAAGAGAAUUCUUGAAAGCACAGCUAACGAUUAAAGAUAUUGUACCACCGGUAAUUGUGAUAGAUGAUAUAUUUUACUUGAAAAGUAUGCGAAGGCCUUUUCGUAGAAUGUCAACAAUGUAUCAUCUUCCAUAUUUAGUCGUAUUCGUAGAUGUACCAAUUGCUACAGCUCUAACACGGAAUAUGCAACGUCCUAUAAGAUGUCGCAUAUCAGAAUCAACCAUUCGAAAAAUUCAUCAACAAAUGGAAUUGCCAUCAAAUUGUGGUGAUAGCUUCAUCAUCUAUCAAUCAAUAGAUGAUUUGAAAUCAUUAGUUGAAUAUAUUGAUCGUAUAAGAUGGAAAACAAACCUAUGGAAAAACUCGAAUAAUGUUAAAUUGGGAAUAUCUGAAAAAGACAAGGAAAGAUCAUCAUCAAAUGAUGAUGACAGGAAAUGGAUGAAAUUAGAAAUUGAUCUGAGAAGAUGUAUUAGUGAAUUGAUUCGAGAGAAAAAUAUCGGCAAAGAUGGUAAUCUAUUAGCAAAAAUAAAGAAAAGCCUUUAUUGGCGGAUACGAACAAAGGGCACAAUUAACUGGGAUAUGCAAGAAUUAAGAGAUAUUCUAUGGAAAGAAUUUCAGGUUUGA